CUGAGAGGAGUACAUAAUACGUGAAACGUGUUUCGCGCGUCGAAUCGCGAUCUAUCGGUAAUGAAAGAUGAUAGGACAGGCUCGUGCCUUGGACGCGUUUCAAAAUUAAAUUCGUACGGAAGGGAACCUCUGUACACAUAAAGCCCUAGAUCGCGGACGUUCCGCGAUCUCGUUUAACGUGGUUCGGUGACCGAUCGUGUGUGUGCGCGCGCGCGCGCUCUCUCUUCACCUCGAGGAAGAAACAAGAAGCAGCAACGGAUAGAGUAGGGAAGAAGAAAAGGGAGAAGGACGCUGAAAGAGAAGGAGAAUCAGGAGAAAAGGGAAAGAGAGCGGCACGCCGCGUGGACACAGGCCGUACGACGAUCCGUGUGUCUGUUUCGUUUCAUUUUACCGCUUUUCAAGCCCGACCGUGGUAAAUGAGGAUUCGCGGAAGUUUCAGUCGAUAACAAUAUUCUCCCCGAGAACGCACGAAUUUGUAAACAAUCAAAGAAGAAGGACCCGCAAGUUCGAUAGAGCGAAAGAAUCAUGUACAAGUUACUUGGAAGUCUCGGACAAUAUUUAAAAUGGCAGGAAAUAACGACGGAUUCGAUGGUGUUUCGGUUACACAAUCGCUUCACAACGGUGCUGCUUUUCACGUGUUCAAUACUGAUCACGGCCACCCAAUACGUCGGCAAUCCGAUCUCCUGUAUCGUUCAGGGUUUACCCACGCACCCUAUCAACACUUAUUGCUGGAUAACUUCUACGUUUACUAUGCCGGACGCAUUUAAUCGGCAGGUUGGAUUAGAAGUGGCGCAUCCAGGAGUGGCGAACGAUUUCGGUGACGUGGAUGCGAGGAAAUAUUACACUUACUACCAGUGGGUCUGUUUCGUAUUAUUCUUCCAGGCGCUACUGUGCUACAUUCCACAAUGGUUGUGGAAUAUGUGUGAGGGUGGUCUGAUCAAUGCACUAGUUAUGGGUAUGAAUCAUGGUCUCGAUCGCGAAGAAAACAUUGAAAAGAAAAAGUCAAUGCUAAUGAUUUACUUAAUGCAAUAUAGGAAGACACACAACACGUAUGUGUAUCGGUAUUUCGGCUGCGAGGCUCUCUGUUUCAUUAACAUUUUUCUUCAAUUGUGCCUGAUGAAUCAAUUCUUUGAUGGCGAAUUUCUCAACUACGGUUUGCGGGUACUCUCAUUACCUGACGUUCCUCAGGAAGAACGUGUCGACCCUAUGGUUUAUAUUUUUCCACGCGUGACAAAAUGCAUAUUCCACAAAUAUGGUGCAUCAGGAACGAUACAGAAGCACGAUUCUCUGUGUAUCCUUCCGUUGAAUAUUGUCAACGAGAAGACAUACAUUUUCAUCUGGUUUUGGUUUACAAUUCUGUUGAUCCUGCUACUGGGCCUGAUGGUCUACAGAGCUGCCAUAAUCUUUGCUCCAGCAAUCAGACCAAGAUUGCUUCAAAUGUCCUCAAGACUUCCCUCCAUUGAAACUUGUUCCAGUAUCAGCAAGAAGAUUGAUCUGGGUGACUGGUGGCUUCUCUACAUUCUUUCUUCUAACAUGGAUUCGUUAAUAUACAGGAAUUUCCUUCAAGAACUCACCAAGAAAAUGAGUGACACGCAUUCAGUUGCUUAGACUUAGAUUUUUCUAAUUUAUAAUUAGAAGAUCGAAGACGCGGAUUAAAAGACAAUACAGUUAUGGACUUAUUGAUUGGUCGCCAAGACAGAUUCAUUUGCUCCUUUUCUCUGACAAGUAUUCAUUGUUUUAAGAAAUUUGAAGAGUUAAAGGCAAAUGUAUAGUUCAUUGACUACAUAUGUCUAUAUCUGGAAAUAAUGAAACAGAUAUCUUCCUAACUAGAACCUAAAACAAACAAUUUUCAUGUAUGACUGACGUGUAGUAACCACGGCGAAGACAUUCUUGAUGCCGCGUUAAAGUGACCACUUCAGGAUCUCCGUGCGUAUGCGUGCGUGUAUGUUUGGCGCGUGUAUAUAAAUGUAGUAGUGAUGUGUUAUGUACACAUGCACGCGAAUCAUUAUAUUUUAACAAUAUUUCUUCAUUUAGUGUUCGUUCCCCAAAGCAAACAAAGCUAUUUUAUUUCUCCGAGAAGUAUUGCUCAAAGCAAAUCAUUUCUAUAGUAUUAGAAAAAUUCUUGAUCGUGAUAGCGUGCGAGGAUAUCUUUUACUUUACAACAUUUUUUUGCCAUGAGAUCAUCCUGAUGUUUUUCUAAUGCAUCGAUCUUGUAAUCGUGACGACAUAUAUUACCGUAUGUUAUAAAAGAUGCUGCUAUGCUAUCCCGUAUAUUUUAUUUAAAUUUCCUUUUCUUUCAAGUUAACAAAAGAUUUUUUUUCCUUUCGAAUUCUCAUGGAAUUUUUGAGCGUAUAUUUUAUAUUGAAUCUUAUUUCAAUUAUAUUGGAAAUAAGUUUAUGCAGUCGAAUAAUUACAGUACUAGAUAAAAUAAUUUUCAUGAAAUGCAAUUAAAAUUUUGCUCGAAUUAGGUCACACGUUUUAAUAGCAUUUCAGAAAAAUACAAUAUGUUUUAACUAUUUACAAAUGAAAAACUAAAAAGGAGAUGGAUCUUAUUAAUCGUUAUUAUUAUAAAGUUAUUAUUAUCCAUUUCCAUGAGUUCAAAAGACGCAAAUAGUUAGGCAUUUUGUAUAGUAAACGAUUAUCUGCCCAUUUGUGUUCCAUCGACAAGAAAACAUUGUCGAAGAAGUUUUCUAUUAAAUGUUAAAUUAAACUUCAAGUAAUGUAUAUUUCCCACUACGUUUUAACCAAUUUCUAUGUCGCUAUAUCAGCGUUAAACAAACUGUAUUAUAUAUAUUAUAUAUAUUUCCUAUUGGAAAAUGAGAAUCGAAGAACAAAAGAGCGAGCCGAAUUUUAACGGUACUAUACUUUACAUGAUUAAUAGGCAAUUAAAGAGAGAAGUAAAGAUUGACAAAGAUGCAUGAUGUUUCGUAUAAUUCUACAAUUUACAAUUUUAACUACUGCAGCGAUAUUGUAUCAAAUGAAAUAUUGAUAUAAUAGGUAAUACAUCUACAUUCCAUUUAAGGAUAUUUAAUUGCAAAAGAUGUUUCGUAUAGUAUAUAAUUUUGUUCAAACAUAGGAAAUAUACUUACCUAUUCCUGUCUCAAUUUUACCAGCGUUUACUAGCGUUUAGUGUUUAUUUCCUAAAUUAGUAGGAAAGUUGAAAUAUAAAGCUACGACACGCAAUAUAUUUCUUCUCUUUCGGAUAGUCUAUUGAUGAGUGUAGGAAAAUGAUAAUGUGAAAGAUUAAUAGGAUUCUCGAUAGAAGAUAUUGAGAAUAUAUUACACUUUAAUUCGGCGACGUUAUAUGCUUCUUCUUUAGCAUUAUAUUGGUAUUUAAAAAAAGCAAUAAAAGUUUUCUAUUUAAAAACUAGUGUGUU